UCUUCCAACUCUUCCAGAACUGCCUUUCCAUUACCAAAUUCCUGCUUUCCAGCCUUUCUUUGCAGAUUUCAAUGGUGGAUUUGAAGCCCCAGACCGAAAUUUAAUUCGCUGAGAUAUUCCUCUGUAGCGCUUUCGUGGCUUGUUUCGCCGAGGUACUGCUUGAUCUCUCUGGUUUUGCUUACUUUAGUAGAUUUGUUAUUUUAGUUCACAUUUACCGGUUUGGUUGAUUUAGUAUGGUUACCAAGUGUACUAAGCUCAAAGAACUCACUCACUAAUCUGGUUGUGGAGAAUUUUAAAUUAAGCCCAGGUGCUAGUUUUUUUUUUGCAUUUUUAUUUUGGAAAUUUAGUUAUCUGCUCUGUACUCAUUUUGGUUCUAGGAAAUGUGCUAUGGGCCACGGCUGCAUUAUAAAGACAUUAAUAGUCCUUUACGACUAGCUUAUCAUCCAACACUGUUAUCUUCAUUUGUUUAAUCUUCUUGGACUUCCAAUACCCUUCUCAUUCUUGAGCAGUUUGAAAUUCGGCUUUGAAAACGUGUUUUGUUUCUAAACAUUUUGCAUUGUGAUGAUACUACAAACCUGCAACUUGACCAUUCAAGACGUUGAUUUUGAAAUGGGUGCAUUGAGCUGUUUCCGAUUAACUAAGAUAGAAUGGGCUUACAUGGUCUUUACUUGAUGAUUUUUGCUUUUAGCCCAAGUUAACGUGUCAGCUUUUCACAAUCUUUUGGAAUUUAAGCAGUAAGAUAUGAUGAUGCAUGCUCUAUGCACAUGGGUUCUUUACUCAUGGUAUGGUUUUAUCUUUGAACAGUAAAAAAAGAGAUGGUGGAAACCAAAAACAAAUAAAAGAGAAAUAAAAAGCAGAACGAUCUAUAAAACAAUUGAUAUAGUUGGAGUAUGAUUCUUCAACUGAAUUAGUACCCGCCUGUGUCUAUCUCCUGUCAAGUAUACUCACCAAUCACAAUGCUUCUUUGGAAUCACACACAUAUUCAUGCACACAUACACCACAAUUAGAACUCAAAAUAUGAACUGCUAAAGUCAGGCUUCAGCUUAGUAGAUGGAGUGGGUGUACCCAAAUAUACGGGUUUGGUGGGUACUAUUGCUAUGGAAGAGGGUUUGUCGGCACUUUGGAAAGGCAUUAUUCCAGGAUUACAACGCCAGUGUCUUUAUGAAGGCUUAAGGAUUGGCUUAUAUGCUCCUGUCAAAACAUGUCUUGUUGGCUGUGAAUUUAUUGGAGAUGUUCCUUUAUACCACAAAAUACUUGCCGCUCUUUUGACGGGUGCUAUAGCAAUUGCAGUGGCUAAUCCAACUGAUCUUGUCAAAGUUCGACUUCAAGCUGAAGGAAAACCGCUGGCUGGGGUUCCUAGGCGCUAUUCUGGAGCUUUGGAUGCUUAUUUCAACAUAGUGAGGCAGGUGAAAUCUAGAAUGAUUCAACAUACAAAAAUACAUUUGAUUGCUUCAUCAAAACUUUGAAGAGUGAGGUAUGUUGAGUUGUCUUGGAAGAUAAAAAGAAAAUUGUCAAUAAUAUUGGCUCUCUCUCUCUCUCUCUCUCAUAUACAGUGCAGGAUUAGUUAAAUUGGAGGGCAGGCAUGUGCCAUACGCUUUAAGUAAUAGGCUAGGAGCAAGCUUCUGAAAAUAACUUAUCAUGGGAGUUUUUUCUUCCGAAUUGUAUCUUAUCCUCCUUAGAAACAGGUUGUCCGAUGUAGGGUGAAGCUGUGAAUUCAAUACCCUCUGGCCCUCUGCGUGAGUGUGCAAUUUACAAAAUAAAAGUUCGAUUAAAAGCCUGACAUAAAUGUUUGUAUGAAACCAUCAGUUGCAGUAAUUACCAGUAACUCUUUGAAACUAAUAUAUUGCAGGGAUUUUUUGCCUUUUAUAAA